UUGUGAAAAUCUGCAAUCUCACCCUCUUUCUCAAUAUUUUUAGAAAAUUUUCCAACAUCAUUUUCUGAAACAGCAAAGUUAGUUUCUUCUCCUCUUCAUAGUUUUUGAGAAGUGUGACAAUUCUUAAAUUUUCUACACUUGUUUUGUUACUUAGAAUCUGUCCCUUUUCCCUAGGUUGAUCCCAAUUCUUUUUCUAAAUGUACAGUUUUAUGAGAUCAUAUUUUCUUCUUCUUUAUUGUCUCUCUCAUUUUGUUUUCUAUGGAAAUAAAUCUGUUCUUCAUUGAAUCUAUUGUUUUGCUUAUAAUUAUUAUGGACAAUGGAUAGCUCUAUUCCAGUGGUUAGAGAGAGAGAGAGAGGCAGAUAUGAGGAAGGUUCCACAUAAAAGCAGAAAUAGUAUUUUAUACAAGAACCAACAGGAAGGCUAAUUUGGCUGGACUACAGAGCAUGAAAGCUAUAAAGGAUAUUAAGGCUAGAAACAAAGUUUAGAGACAGAUCGUGAAGGACUUUAAAUUCCAGACAGAAAUUGUUAUGACACUGACACUAAGACAGACACAAUACUCAACUCAAUAGGAAUGACUUCUUUGGUUCUUCUUUUUAGAGGUGAAACAAUUUCCCCCACUCAUAAUGGCUCAAGAAGGGGACACAAUCAAUAUGACCUGUUUAGUCAGUGGAAAAUUACGUGGGCUCUACUUGAGGCGACUUACUGUCAUGGAAAUGAACGUGAUAUAUUCCUCAGAAAAUGAAUUCAUCACAGCACCAAAUUACAAGAAUCGUACCAGCACCUCUGGGUUCUUAAACAAUCUGAUGAUCACAAUAAUCAAUGUACAACUGAAUGACACUGAUGUCUAUAUCUGCCAAGCAAUAAUGAUUCAUGAAAACAUCCAGGGAACUGGCACCAUGGUAGUGGUAACAGAAAAAAAAUGGAAACAAGAGGUUGGGAACCCAAAGAAUCUACAGGUAUGGGUAGGCUUGAUUGUGCUAUUUUUCACCAUUGGACUGGCCCUGGGACCACUGUAUAUGAUGAUGAAGAAACUGAGAAAGAAGUUCCAUUUAAGAAGGAUUCAGAAUCCCUCAAGUAGCAUAUAUGAAGACAUGUCCCAUACCCUUCGUCGCAACACUAUGUGCCCAGACAAUCAGUACGAAUGACCAGCCUCAAAACGAAGAUCAAGCAAGGUACCCCUACAGAAAGAACAUUUUCCCUCACCCAUUCUGUAACUUCUUUCUGCUGUAGAACAAGGAACUGUCUUCCAUCAGAAAAGAGCCAUCACAAAUCAUCCAAAGAUAAAGGAGAUGAAGUUGUUUAAUGGAUGAUGAAUUUCACAGAAUUAGAAAAUGGAAGCAAUCUAGUCCAGUAUAUACCAAUGUACUCCCAUUCCAUUUUACAGACUUGCCGGAGAUCAUACACAUAGAAAUGACUAGAGCUGAGCUUUGAACCCAGGGCAUACAUUCCUAAUCUAACAUUCUUUCAACUUUGCUUCUGGAAAUUUAGGCAGCUUUGCCAUAAGUCAAAAGAAUCUAAUCCAGUGGGGUAUACCUGGUGAGUGUUCAGCAAAUAUUAACUGGAUGAAUUACCCUCAUUGGAACUUUCUUUUUUAUUGUAUUUGAUUUCAGAUAAUCUUUAUUCCUCCUUGAAGACUUGACUGAUACAGACAUUUUUCACUUUAUAAAAAUGAUGUAUGUGCUUGAUCACAUGGGUCGAUGGAGAUAUGAUUCAGGAUAUAGAAUCUAAACAAUCCCCCUAGUGCAAAUAUCAAUAUGGACAUAGGUCUUGAUCAGUGACACAUGUAAAACUCAGUGUAAUUGUGCGCCAGAUAUGGGGAGGGGGUUGGGAGAGGGGAGGGAAAUAACAUGAAUCUUGUAACCAUGGGAAAAUAUUCUAAAAUCAAUUAAUUAAAUAAAAUUUUCAAAAAAACUAAAUAAAAUAAAAAUGAUGUAUGACAACAAAGUUAAACAUAAGAUAAAUUUCUCUUAAGUGGAUUCACUUUUAAUAAUUUUGUUAUAUAAUUGUAACAGAUCAGAAUACACUAGAUGGAAGAAGUCCCCACAUGAAGUUAGGACUAUGUGGGUGUAGAGGGAGACUAGAUGAGAUUAGUUCUAUAAGCAGCAGUGCCAGAAAGCAAACUACUCCAAGUCUACAUACCUCACCACUUAAAGACUCAUUUCCUUGAGAAGUUUUUCUCCAGUUUUAUAAGCAGUCUAGUACGUAUGAUUAUGCUCAAAUUGACCAAAAAUCAUGAAAAUAUUCUCUUUAAUCAUUUGCCCCCACCCCAAUCUGAAGUGGGGAAAAAUCUCUUCUCACUUUAUGUUUUCACCCUCUCUCAGUUCCUAACCAUUCACUUACUGACUUGGACAUGAAUCAAAAUUAAUUACCAUCUAUUUUAAUAGCAUAAAAACACACCAACAGGAAAUUAAAACAGUGUAAAGGGACUUUUAGUUAAGAAAUCCAGGUCACGUGGGAGGCCCAAUCUCCCACUUGUAUUCUAGUAAAUAGCUAAAAAAGAGCAUCAAAUUAAAUAAUGGACAAAAAUACAAAGAGAAAUUUCAGUAAACCUCUUUUUCCAAUCCAGCACAGCCAGAAGUUUCAGUUACUAGACAAGGAGAUUCACAAGAGCUAGGUAAACAAACUGGACAGAGUAUAUUGAAAAGGGAAGCUUAAAGUGGUGCCCUAAUUGGAAGCACACUAGGAAGAGUAGAGGCCACCCAACAUUCUGAUAAUGAAAAACCCAAGGAAAAGAGGGGGAAAAUAGUAGGACCCUACUUAGGGAAUCUCAGACAGACACUUGCUAGUUGUGUGACCCUAACUCCCAUUGCUCUGAGCCAUACUGCUCUUCUGCCUUGGAACCAAGACAUAGUACUGAUUCUAAGACUGAAGGUAAAGGUUUUAAAAAAUGACACCAUUAAACUGUGAACUAUUUUUACUGCAGGAAUCAGAAACUUUUUAUCUCAGUUUCCACUAGAUAGAGUGAUGUUGAAACAACUAAAAUUCUAUUAAUAACUAAACAAAGAAAUAUGUGCUACCACAUCCUCUUUGCCUUCAGUAACUCUGCAGAAAUGGACAACCUAGGGCUCUGUUUUUUUUUUAACCUUUACCUUCUUAUGGGGUAACUUGCCCAGGAUCAUGCAACUAGAAAGUAUUUGAGGUUGGAUUAAAAUAUAAGACCUCCUGCCUCCUGGUCUGGCAGUCUGUCCAGAGCCACCUAGCUGUUCCUCAGCCUAAUACUCUUAAACACUGAGGAGCUGUCUCUUCAGGAAGAGAGGAGAAUUUUGUUAUUACCUAAAAUAGGUCAUUGGAAUAGGAAUCGUACUUGUUAUUUCACUGUUACUGUAUCUUCCAGGUAAAAAAAUUCUGUCUGCACAAAAGAUUGAGAUCUCCAUGGUUAUUAAAACUUAAAAUGGCAUUAGACUUUGGGAACAACCUGUAUAUAACAGCUAUCAUGUUUAUAGUGCUUUAAGGUAUGCACUGCC